CAGUACAACCACAUUGAGUUGAGAUCAUAAUCCCGGCAAAAAAAAAAAAAGAAGGAAAAAAAAAAAAAGAAAGAAGCUUGUGCGGCUAUGGGAUUUUUAAGAACUUUCCAAGAGCGGAAAUAAAAUCUGUUCAGGCGAGAUGAAAAAUACUGCUGGGAUCAGCAAAAAAAUAUAUAAUACCCUAGGACUGCAGCAGCUGAUGCCGGGAGAGUAAACGACAGCAACAUUUCCUGAAUUCCUUCUCCAGUGCUACAUUUUCUAACAGAAUUUUCUCUCCUUUUUUUUUCUUUUUGAUGUUUUUGUUUUUUUCCCUUCAAGAUUUUUACGGAGCUGCGAUGGAUACGUUUCAUCUGCACACCGGAUCGUCACGUCCCGCAGUGAUUUGAGAUGAAGCGUUUGCUACUAUAGGAUCCAGGGGAACGUGUUGCUGUUACAAAGCAGGAUAUAUAUAUACAUAUUUUUUUUUUUUUUGGUCUUUUGUCACAAGAAAACACUUAGGGCCGGUCAUCUCUGCUUGGGGCCUCUCGGACGUCCAGCGGAUCGUUCUUUCUUUUAUUAUUUUUUUGGGCUGUGAAAGAUAACCCGUGGUUUUGAAGUUUCUUCGGAAAGGAAAUUGCCUCUAGUGGCGUUAGGUGCUUAGAAUGCACGCCUGGAACUUUUUCCCUUUGGCGGCUGAAAAAUGCAUUCGACCUCCCAUUAUGAAUGGGCCCAUGCACCCGCGGCCCCUAGUGGCCCUGCUGGACGGCAGAGAUUGUACGGUAGAAAUGCCCAUCCUCAAAGAUGUUGCCACAGUAGCAUUCUGCGACGCGCAGUCCACACAAGAAAUCCACGAGAAGGUACUAAACGAAGCCGUGGGCGCCCUGAUGUAUCACACGAUCACUUUAACGCGGGAAGACUUGGAGAAGUUCAAGGCCCUUCGAAUAAUCGUCCGGAUCGGAAGCGGGUUUGAUAAUAUCGACAUCAAGUCCGCCGGAGAUCUAGGUAUUGCAGUAUGUAAUGUGCCAGCAGCGUCCGUAGAAGAGACGGCCGAUUCCACAAUGUGCCACAUUCUGAACUUGUACAGGAGAACCACGUGGCUGCACCAGGCUUUACGGGAAGGCACGAGGGUCCAGAGCGUGGAGCAGAUCAGGGAGGUGGCCUCUGGAGCCGCACGAAUUAGGGGGGAGACAUUAGGCAUCAUAGGGUUGGGGCGGGUUGGACAAGCGGUUGCUCUACGGGCAAAGACUUUUGGUUUUAAUGUAAUUUUCUAUGACCCGUACCUGUCGGAUGGGGUAGAACGUGCGCUUGGUCUCCAGCGCGUCACCACGCUACAGGACCUACUGUUUCAUAGUGACUGUGUUACUCUACACUGCAGCCUAAAUGAGCACAAUCACCACCUUAUAAAUGAUUUCACAAUUAAACAGAUGAGGCAGGGAGCCUUCCUGGUAAACACAGCCCGAGGGGGAUUGGUUGAUGAGAAGGCGCUCGCACAAGCCUUGAAGGAGGGGAGGAUACGAGGAGCAGCGUUGGAUGUCCAUGAGUCCGAACCUUUCAGCUUUGCUCAAGGUCCAUUGAAAGAUGCACCAAACCUCAUCUGCACACCACACGCAGCUUGGUACAGUGAACAGGCCUCCAUAGAAAUGAGGGAAGAGGCAGCCCGGGAGAUCCGCAGAGCCAUCACAGGUCGUAUUCCUGACAGUCUGAAAAACUGUGUCAAUAAAGAUCACUUAACAGCAGCAACACAUUGGGCCAGUAUGGAUCCCGGCGUAGUUCACCCAGAACUGAAUGGUGCUGCAUACAGCAGGUACCCUCCAGGUGUCGUAAGCGUGGCCCCAGCUGGCAUUCCAACAGCAGUGGAAGGGAUUGUUCCCAGCGCCAUGCCUUUAUCACACGGCCACCCAGCCGUGGUCCAUCCGCCUCACGCCCCUUCUCCCGGCCAAACCGUCAAACCAGAAGCUGACAGAGACCACCCAAGUGACCAGUUGUAGCCAACGACCUAAAAAAAUAAAAAUAAAAAGACAACCAUUCCUUGCAUUGGAGAUCUGGAAAUCAUACGGAGACAAAAAAGAAAAAAGAAGUGUAAAGAAAAUAUGAAGCGUAACCUGGAUUUGGGUAGUGGCAGAAAAAAAUGAACUUACAGGCAGAUCCUAAUUGUUUUUAGCGAUUGGUCCAAAUAUACAGUGUAAAAUCGGAGAAGAGAGGAUUUGGAAACUUCGAUUUUGUUUUUUUCCCCCUCCAUAUAAAAAAAAAAUUGUAGUUUGUCCCUGUUGAGUGGACUGGCCUCUCUGUUCCGUGUCCUGUUGGUCCUUUGUUGAGCGAGAAAAGUUAGUAGUUAAUUAUAUCAUGAAUGUACUUGUCUGUGUACAGUUUUUAGAACAUUAAAAAAGAAGGGGUUUGUUCGCAUAAUUAUCAACGGGGAAUAACAUAAGGGAGGCACUCGGCAAACCACUUUGGAAAUAUUAAAAAAAAUGAAAAGAAAAAAGCUUAAAAUAAUUUCUUUUAUAUGUUAUAACAUGCCCAAUAAAUACGGCAGAUGGCAGAUUUCUCAGGAUAAUACAUUUUCCCAUUAAUUUUUUUUUUUUUUUUCAAAAACCACACAGUGCUUUGUUUUGGGUAUUUUUUUUUACCUGCUUGUCUUACAUACAGUAUGUGUAUUUUUUAUUUAGUUGCAACAGAAAAGUCUGUUUUUGUGUUUUUUGUUUUGUUUUUUCCUCCCCUUAUUUCGGCAUGGAUUCCCUUAUGACAAAUAAUUAUGACAUGAUUUUUGAAGAAAGUCAAGAUUUCACUAAAAAAGCAAAAACGCUUCUCGUCACCAGUUUAAAAAUAAAAUAAAAAUAUAUUAUAUUGGUGGUAUGCGGAAAAUCUAUACUACUGAAAGGUAGUACAUUUCAUUGCCUACAUUCCUUCCUGGUAACGUGGUAGGCUAGCAAUAUAUAUUUUUUUUGUUAAAAUCAUGUUUGUGAGUGUAACCAUUUGUAUGAAUUAUUUUAAAGGAAUAAAAAUCCCAGACAAUGA